AUGAGCGAAGAGAAAUCUUCUACACCACUAGUAACUGAAGAGCCUGGUAAGGACGAAUCGAAACCAGCGCAACUACCGGAAGGCGGUACCACAGAGGAGGAGUUGCCUAGUCUGAAUCCACUUCCAGCUGCGUGGAUUUCCGCUGGUGCUUCUUGGUUCAACACUGCCAAAGAAAAGGUGGAGUUCCAGACCAAGAACACUUUUGAUCUAAUGAAGAAGGAUUUGGCCGAGUUCGGGGACGCUAUGACUCAGGAAGUUGCUGAUCUCACUACUGCUGCGAAGGGAGGUAUUGACACGGCCACAACUGUCAUUAAAGAACAGGCACAGUAUUUGGAGAAGCUAGUUACUCCAGAUGAAGAAGAGAAACCUGUGGUUGUCGAUCAAGAAGGGAAGUCCGAGACAGAGGUAGAAGCGCCGACUGAUCUGCCUAAAUCGCAAUCGUAUGAGAGCACUUUGGCUGCCAAGGAAAAGCUGCUUGAAAUACAAUCGUCUGAAGACACAUACCGUAAGGAGCCCGAGAAUUCCGAGGGAUAUUCGAAAUGGGUAGCUCGAUUCAAUAUGGAAGAAUAUGAUGCUGAAAUUAAUCUGCUUAUCGCAAACAAUCCAUCACAGAGAGAAAUUUACUCCAAGAUGGUUCCGUCGGAAAUGGACAGCAAAACGUUCUGGUCGAGAUACUUCUUCGCCGUACAAAUCGCAGAAAUGGAUGAGGAGCUGCGCCAUGCCUUUUCGCUGAAGGAACUGACAAUUAAGACUGGUGCUGAUGGGAAGAAGCAGAGAAAAGGACCAUCAAAAGAGGGCGGAGAUUCGCCGGAAUCGGACGGAUCAAUCGCUGUUGUUGAUCAGCAGCCCACCAGCCCGGCUCCUUCCGCAGAUGACUGGAGUGUGUGCAGCGAGAAGAAUUAUGUUGAGGAGAUAAGCUCGACAAAUGGCGAAGACGAACAGUCAGGCCCGCUUACACCUCGUGCAAAAGACGAAGAAGAAUCCAAAGGGUCGAAGAAGAAGGACGACAACUGGGUUGACUGGGAAGACAACAAUAUGUUGUACCCCCGAGAAGACAAAGAACAUCGUCAACUCAUGUAUGCGUGUAGAAAUUGUGAUCAUAAGCAGAUUGCUGACAAUCCGUGCAUAUAUGUGAACAAACUAGUUCAUGAAGUAGAUCGGGGCUGGGUAGUACUUUACUACUGCCUCAAGUGGCAGAUGAGCGGCGACAUUCAUUUAUUCCGUAUGCGGCGCAUGGAUUGUCCUGGAUGUGAUUAUUAG